CUCUCCCAGCUCUGACAUUCCUUCCCUCUGGCAAAAACUCUUCACUGCAACCUGGAGAUUGUCCACGUUUACAGCCUUCAGACACCACAGCUCCACAUCUGCACCCUCGGGCCCUCUGCGCAACACGCACCCAGGACUAUCUUCUUGUAACUUCUCCAUGCUGUGGCUCUUUUUAUAAUUUACUGUUUGACGUGAUUGUGUGAAGAUGUUUGCCUGCUGCUUUGUCUUUUUCCUCCUCUCUGCUGUGGAGGGUAACCCCAGCCCUGUGUUAGGAGAUGUAGUCGUGGACAGAUAUCUGAUCCCUAAAGUCUGUGUCAGAGAAGCCAAAGACGGAGACUAUGUCCGUUAUCACUAUAACGCCACUUUUGUCGACGGGAAAACAUUUGAUUCGAGCUACCAGAGAGGAGACGCGAAGGUGGGCCUGCUGGGAGAGGGCCGGCUCAUCGCAGGCGUUGACAAAGGUCUGCAGGGGAUGUGUGUGAAUGAGCGCAGGACAGUCACCGUCCCGCCGCACCUGGCCUAUGGGAGCACAGGCGCAGGUGAUGUGGUUCCUCCAGACACCACCCUGGUGUUUAACAUCCAUCUGUUGGAUCUGUGGAACAAAGCCGACAUGGUUGUCACCAAAACCAUCACCACUCCCAAAGACUGCAAACGCUCCGUGAUGCGCACCGACUUUGUACGCUACCAUUUCAACGGCACUCUGCUCGACGGCACCGUCUUUGACUCCAGUUACAUCAGGAAGCAGACCCACGACACCUAUGUGGGAGAGGGCUGGUUAAUUAAAGGCCUGGAUGAAGGCCUGCUGGGCAUGUGUGUGGGAGAGAUCAGAAACAUCAUCAUCCCGCCCUUCAAAGCCUACGGAGAGAAAGGAUCAGGUAAAGAAAUUCCCCCCCAGGCGACCCUGGUAUUUGACAUCCUGUUGGUGGACAUUCAUAACCCAAAGGAUGACGUCACCAUUCAGGAACAGGUGGUGCCAGAGUCGUGCACACGCAAGUCUGUGGUUGGGGAUUACAUGCGGUACCACUACAACGGUACCUUCCUGAAUGGAGUCACCUUCGACACCAGCUACCAGAGGAAUGGCACAUACAACACCUACAUCGGGAUGGGGUAUGUGAUCGCUGGCAUGGACCAGGCCCUGUUGGGAACCUGCGUCGGAGAGAGGCGGAGAGUCAUCAUCCCUCCACAUCUGGCAUAUGGAGAGCAAGGAGCAGGUGGCGUCAUCCCCCCCUCUGCUGUGCUGGUGUUUGACAUUCACGUCAUCGACUUCCACAACCCCAACGACACGGUGAACAUCCAGAUCACCCACAAACCCGAGGGUUGUAAUGAGACCACCGCGGAGAACGACCUCGUCCGCUACCACUACAACUGCACCUUGAUGGACGGCACACCGCUCUUCUCCUCACACGACUAUGAGAACCUUCAGGAUGCAGUGCUGGGGGCGGACAAGGUGAUCGACGGGCUGGACCAAGGCUUGCGAGGCAUGUGUGCCGGAGAGAAGAGGGUGGUAACAGUGCCACCUCACCUUGGACACGGAGAAAGAGGAGCCAGUGGUGUGCCAAGCAGUGCUGUGUUGGUGUUUGACAUUGAACUGGUGAGCUUUGAGAAAGGCGUGCCGCCUGGUUACCUGUUUGUGUGGCUUGGGGAUAGCCCAGCAGAUCUGUUUGAAGCCCUGGACGUUGACAAAAAUGGAGAAGUGCCCCUGGAGGAGUUUGCCGAGUUCAUCAAGCUUCAGGUGACGGAGGGCAAAGGUCGUAUAAAGCCUGGACUGACCAUGGAGCAGGUUAUAGCCGACAUGUUCCAAAACCAGGACCGAAAUAAAGAUGGAUUGAUCAAAUCAGACGAACUCAAACUGAAGGUCGACGAGGACAAGGAACGGGAAGAGGCGAGGCAUGAGGAAUUGUGAUAAGGACAAAUGCUUUCAUUCUCUCUCAGGGAUAAACCCCAACACCUUACAAACAAGAAAGGAGAGACUUUUUCCAUACAUCAUCAUGGUUUAAUAUAUUCUGCACCACAUCCCACAUUUUGUUUGAAUGACAAGAAAAUAGUGCAAAGGGUCUUUUUGUAAAGUUCUGUGUUGUGUGAUUGUCUUUGAUAGGUGUAUUUUAUAAAACCAAAGAAGCACCUUUAUUCGUCC